GAGGCAAUUUGUUCACGGAGGCCAAACUCCCGUCGGAUCAAGGUGCAUAUAUAAUAUGGGGUUGCAUAUCAGCUAAAGCCGAAUGCUGUUUCCUUAUUGACGCCCUCCUUUCCUUUCAAAUCCCCUUUCUAACUCUACUUCACUCUCACCUUCACCACUUACCACCACUCUUGUGACCUACGCGCAAACAUGGCGACGCACCGCUUCGACCCCACCUUCACUGACAGGGUCAUCGACGCGAUGGGCCCCAAGACCUCGCCGCGAAUGCGACAGCUCAUGACCGGCCUGAUCCGCCACAUGCACGACUAUGCGCGCGAGGAGGAGCUCACCGUUGACGAGUGGAUGGCCGGUGUAAAGAUGCUCAAUUGGGCCGGGCAGAUGAGCGACGAUAAGCGCAAUGAGGGACAAUUGGUGUGCGACGUGUUCGGACUUGAAUCUCUCGUCGAUGAAAUCACCUUUAAACUCGCCGAAGAAGCUAAGGAUGCGCCCACAGCCACAGCUAUCCUGGGCCCGUUCUUCCGUGCCGAUACACCCUGGCGCCAGAAUGGCGAGGAUAUUGUCAAGUCUAAGCCUGCUGAUGCUGAGAUGGCGUUCAUGCAGGGUCGCGUGAUGGACUUCCAGACUAAGAAGCCGCUUGUCGGUGCCUCAGUUGAGGUGUGGCAAGCUUCCACGAACGGACUUUACGAGCAGCAGGAUUCCGAGCAGGUUGAGUUCAAUCUGCGCGGCAAGUUUAAGACGGAUGAGGAGGGUCGGUACUGGUUCUACUGCCUGCGCCCGACUCCCUACCCUGUACCCGAUGAUGGUCCUGCUGGCAAGCUCCUUGAGUUAAUGGAUCGUCACCCCUUCCGUCCUGCUCAUAUUCAUAUUCUUGCUACUUGUGAAGGCUACCGUCCCCUCACCACCCAGAUCUUCGACCGCAAGGACAAGUACCUGGACAAUGACUCCGUCUUUGCUGUUAAGGAUUCGCUGAUUGUGGACUUCGUACCGCGUGAGAAUGAUCCCGAGGCUUCUCUUGAGCUUAACUACGAUGUUAAGCUGGUGAAGGAUGAAGCUAGCACUAACGGCGUAUGAGCGAGGCAAAACAUCAUAGUGGCAUUUUCUGAUUUCAUGUUAAUAACGAUAGCUUUCUCUG